AUGCAAUACCUGUUGUCUGACGUUGCUUACUGGGAUCUGGAACGGAAAUGCCUUAUACUACAUCCUAGAUAUCUCGAUACUCAUUUUCAGAUCACUCACGACACACCUGGUUCCCCAACAGAGUUCAACGGCAUCCCAACCUAUGUAUCCUACUCUCCCGUCUUUGAGGCAUUGGAUACUCCGGGUCUCUACAAACAAGACCAAUAUACCUUGUCUAUCGUUGUCGCAAUUACGUCGAUAUUGGCAUCCGCACUGGCAAUUCAUCCUUGA